AUGCUUAAUUACGAGAAUGAUCCGAGCAAGGCCCGACUAUUUGAAGCAUUAUGUAACUCUCAUACACGUGCCUGGGAAGCAGAGAAAGCUGUCGAGAAAGAACACAUUAUCCAGCUUAUUUUUAGACAGGCAUCACAGCUUUUCGCCUACAAGCAGUGGUUCCAACUAUUGCAACUCGAGAAAAUUUAUUUCCAGAUCAAGAACAACAAUAGCCAGCAGAUAUCCACCAUUUCCCCCCUAAAGUCCCCUGGGUGCCUCAGAGAACUAAGAAAACACAAAAUAGCUGGCACAUGUCUGGCAGGGGAAAACUUGGUAAACAGUCUCAUGCUCGCUAUGAUAUUAGCAAAUAUGCAAUCGAUUUUGCCUUGGGUUUGGGUCUUGUUAGCGCCGGUUUGUUUCUUGGAUGGACUGUAG